GUUGAUAUAGUAUUCUCUGGUAAAGGUACAAACGUACUGCAUAGACUAUACGGUCCAUGGUAUACUGUCAAAUCCAUGUUUUUUUUGUAAAUAAAGUUUUAGGCUAUUUUAUUUUCUUGAUUGUAAUUUUUUAAUACUGUACUGCGAUAAUGGAUGUAGCUAGUAACAACUCUGUAGAAGACAACGUGGCAAAUAUAUGUAAAAUUUGUCAUGAUGUUUUUGCAAAAUAUUGUUGUCCUAAAUGCAAUAUCCCAUAUUGUUCCUUAAACUGUUAUCGAGCAAAUAUUCAUUUGCAGUGCAGCGAAUAUUUUUAUAAAGAUAAUAUUUUAGAAGAUAUCAGUUUAAACAGCAGCGACGAUGAGAAGAAAAAAAUGUUGGAGCUGUUACAAAAAACUUAUGCAAAUGAUAGAUUAUCUAACACCUUUAACAAUGCUAUAGAUGAAAAUUCAAACUUAGGAGAUUUGGAAAAGCUUGAUUCUGAUGAUGACGACAGUUAUGAAGAUAUCGCUGAAAGAUUAUCGGGUGUUAAUUUAGAUGAUGCUGAUGAAGUAUGGGACAGGUUGACUGAAGAUGAAAGACAAGAAUUUGUAGCGUUUUUAAGGUCAGAAGAUGUAACCAAGUUAAUUCCGAUGUGGCAACCGUGGUGGUUAUUUUAUAAAGAAGUUACAGAUAAAGAUAUAACAAAUAGUGAAAGCUUUCUGAAAAAUUGUCCAACUAUUUGUGAUAUCAAGGAUAUUACUCAAAUUACGACAAAACCUCCAUCUGAAUGUGUAAAAUAUAACUUAAUUAACAUAAUAACAGCGUAUGUUUUCACAGCCAGGUAUUUCAACGGGGAACAUUCUGAUUUCGUCGAAGAAGCUGUGAGUUGUAUCACAUCACUUUCACUGGCUUUAAAAGUUGCUCAAAAUUUUGUGGACUUUGAAACAGCCGUCAAAUCUGUUGAACAAGAAUGCAUCAACAGUAGUUGGAUUGUUACCGAUAAAGACAAUUUCGAAACAAUGAGAGACGACUUACAUAAGAUUCUGAGAGGCCCUUCAAAAUGUGAGAAUACAUUUUACCUCAUUUGUGCUUUGUGUGAUGUCCGUAAUUUGUUGACACAAUCAUUAAAACCUUCGCAAGGAAAUAAAACUUCAAAUUUCUCCAAAAAAUUUUCAAAGGAACAGUUACCCUCCACCAAAUUGGAAACUACUGAUAUCAAAAAAUGGAGAAGAAAACUAGAUUAUUAUUUAUCUUAUACCAAAUUUUGUUAUAACGGCGAAGUUUGAAAAUAAUUUAUAUAUUUUUGUUAGAACCAUAAUAAAGGUAUUUUUAAGCGAA